UAGCUGUCACAAAAAAAGACGCUCGCAACCAAAGACGACCGCUCUGGUCUCUGGAUAGUUUACAUCUUCCACCUCCGCGCAGCGUCUCGAGACGCGGAACAGCAACCAAACUCCGAGCAGCAGAGGAGCGGCCAGCGGGGAGGAGAAGAGCAAGCAUGGAGGCGGCGGCGGCGGCGAGGAAGAGCGUGUGCGUGACCGGCGCAGGAGGCUUCAUCGCCUCCUGGCUCGUCAAGCUCCUCCUCUCCAGGGGCCACCACGCUGUCCGCGGCACCGUCCGCGAUCCUGGUGAUGGUAAGAACGCUCAUCUCAAGGUGCUAGAAGGUGCCGAGGAAAGGUUGCAGCUGGUCAAGGCUGACCUGUUGGACUACGACAGUGUAGCGUCGGCAGUCGCUGGCUGUGAGGGUGUCUUCCAUGUUGCUAGUCCCGUCCCUUCCAGCCGAUCAAACAACCCUGAGGCAGAGGUCAUAGCUCCUGCUGUAACAGGUACACUGAAUGUGUUGAAGGCUUGCUAUGAGGCAAAAGUUAAGCGAGUUGUCAUGGUCUCUUCAGUUGCUGCUGUUGCCGUUAAUCCUAACUGGCCUAAGGGUAAAGCCUUUGAUGAAGAGAGCUGGUCAGACGAGGACCUCUGCAGAAAGAAUGCGGAUUGGUAUUUCCUUUCGAAAACGCUGGCAGAGCGUGAGGCUUUUGCUUAUGCAGCAAAAACUGGGCUGGACAUUGUUACUAUCUGCCCAUCAUUGGUAAUUGGACCUUUGAUGCAGUCUACAGUAAAUUCGAGCAGCAAAAUCCUCCUUAAUUAUUUCAAAGGAGAACAUGAGACUGUAGAAAAUAAACUCAGGAAUAUAGUGGAUGUUCGUGAUGUUGCCAAUGCUCUUCUUUUCACAUAUGAAAAUACUGAGGCAUCUGGACGGUACAUCUGCAGUUCAUCUCCUAUUAAAGUCUCUGAUAUGAUAAACAUACUCAAGACCUUAUAUCCAACUUACACUUAUCCCAAAAACUUUGCGGAAGUGGAAGAAAAUACUGUUUUUAGUUCGGAGAAACUUCAGAAGCUAGGGUGGACCUUCAGGCCUGUAGAGGAAACCCUCCGGGACAGCGUCGAAUCCUACAAAGCAUCUGGCAUCCUGAACUGAGUAUCUAACGGGACAAGUUUCGCCAUUGAUAUUUGCAAACUCUAAAAUUCGUGUAAAGAGUGAAUCAAAAUAAGUUGGUGGCACAAUUAUCAAGGGAAAUCAUGUUACCAUAAAAAAACAAAUAAAUUUUAUGCAAGCUUUCCUUUUUGGAGGUCUUUACUCA